AAUUGUCUGUCUGUUGUCUAAGCUUGUUAACUUGAAUUAACUGAACAAAGUUAAUUGUCUCCUCUCAUUAUGCUACAAGGAUGUUCUGCUACGUGCACUGACUCAGGCGAAUGCACAUCUCCUGAGACUUCAUCUCGCUGCCAAUGUACGAGUUUGUCAAGUGGUGUAGUACCUUACAAAAACCGAAGACUGACUGAUUACUUCUUGCAUGAAAGUAGGUCUCCCCCCGUGUUCGAGUGCCAUGAAAGGUGUCCAUGUGGUCCCAGCUGUCCAUCCAGACUCACUCAGUUUAUACGCCACUGGCCAUCUCUGUACACCAAGUGAGGCAAUUAGUUUCUUCGCAAGUGGGAUUGGGCGUGUUCUCUUCAACCGCGAUUCCUAAAGGAUCUUUUGUGUGUGAGUACGAGGGAGCGGUAAUCUCACACGAUAAAGCAGUCAGUAGGAUGGAAACGAACUGUGGAACCAAAUCUCAUAAUUACGUCAUCAUAUUCAAAGAGAAUUAUUCUUGUGACGACGAUAAACUUACUAAUAGGAACAGCAAUAAUGUGGUAAUGACGUGUAUCGAUGGAGCAGAGGAAGAUUGUGAUAGUAGUGGAGGUGAUUGUGGUGUGUUUGGGUUUGGGAAGAGAGUGAACCACUCUUGUGAUCCAAACCUUCUCCUGGUUCCAGUCCGAGUGGACAGUGAAAUACCCCAUAUAUGCAUGUUCGCAGUGAGGGAUAUUCAACCGCACGUAGAACAACUCUGCUACAGCUACAGCAGUGGAGCACGGGAGGUGUCCUUGUGUGGGAAAGUGUGUCUCUGUGGAGCAGAGAAUUGUGUCAAGUUUCUACCCGAAGUCAUUAGAUGAACAGAAGAGAUAAUACAAGAGAAGACGUAAUCAGGAAGGAAAGAGGCGGGCAACGAAAUUGUGAGGACCGUGACGCUCUCUUGAUGGAGGCUGGUGUUGCGAGUGAGAUGCACUGGUAUUUUGUAAACAAGCUUCCAAAGGGACAUUCUGGAUGGUUUUUCAGAGUUCUAGGAUAUAUCGAAUGGAAGAAAAAAGCGGCUGCUGCUGGUGAUGAUCAAGUUUCAAAUGAAGCUGCAACUUGCAAUGCCAAGAGCUGUCUGGAAUGGGUUUAACUAUGUGGUUUAUUAUUCUGAGGGGAGAUAAGCUGACAAUCCGCAGUUUAGCCAUCUCAGUCAGGGGAAGAUGACGAAGAAAGAGGAAGGAGACGACUGCCCAUUAACAUUUAAUCAACAAAACCAACACAGCCUGCACGCAGAAGCCACCAAUCCACACCACUCAAACCAAUUCCAACCGGCAGAUGACACAAUAUAACUAACAUACAGCAAUCGCAGCGCCAUACCAAAGUGGUCUAUAAACUCCGCAGACAUUAAGCACGCAGCCUAGCAAAUAAGUAUCCAUUCAAUAAAGCACAGAGACAAUGUUAAUUCUUUUAUCAAACAUCUGAACUCACUGCAAAACAACCACUUUCCUCAAAACUGAUCCUCGUUGAGACCAAUUGCAAUUGUGAGCACAUAAUCAAACACCAAUUCCUAGUCUUCUUUUUUGAAAAAUAUAGUGAAUUUAUUUUUACUUUAAACUGCCUUUUCUUCAUCGAGGCUGGAAAGCAAAAAGUGAAAAAAUAAAGCUCUAAACAACUUCAUUCGGAACGAAGUUAGGUUUGCGAAGAAUUUCCAGGUCGAAAUGAUUUAUCACAAUCCAGAUAGAAUUAGGUUAAUAGUUUGUGACGCCUAAUUUAUGACGCCCCUGCUGUUAAUUUGCACCAAUUUUCAGAUUGUGUAGCUCAACUCGCCUUGUUUAUAAACCCUUGCGAUAUCUAUUUGGCUUUGUUAGCUUAAACUGCUCGGAUAUUUCAGACCUAGAUGAUGUUCAUCGCAAUGCGAUAACCUCAAGUUAUUCGUUACCGAAAACAUUUUCACUUGAACAUUGGACAUUAUGUGAAGAGGCUGAGGCUCCGUUUCAAUCGCAAUAUUAUUUGCAUCUGAGUCACAAAGAUUAUGACUUCCAACUUUGCGACGGGUGACCAGGAGUUGUCGCCCAAACAGGAUUGCCAAUUGAGCGCCGAUGUCUCUUGUAGCCAGUGUAGGUUAACGGCGGCCCAGGGAGUGCUGCUUCUCUCUCCGGCCCAUCUGGACCCCGACCAGAGCCAGGAGUGUGAAUGGGGCGAUGAUAUGAGGGAAUCCUUCGCAUUCGUAGCCAGUGCUCCCACUGUGUUACCUGAAUGGAUUCGGGAGCGCCUGGAACUGACAAACUGGACCAAGGGAAAAUUGUACUGUCAAAAGUGUCAGCUCCAUAUAGGUUCAUUCAACUUCACAAACGAGAUGAAAUGUCUGCAUUGUAGACAGACGUUCGGGUCUUCGCUUUACUUUCUCUGUGGCAAUGUCAGCAUUACCUACUGCAAUAUAAACAACAAUUCACUAAACUCUCUAGGUGCAAGUACAGGCACCACCAGCAGCUCCUGCGCACAGCCUAUUCCCUGUCCAAGUAGUCUAGCAGGAACGGCUAGUAGCAGCGGGGGGUUUUUCCAUCCUAGUCACAAUCCUUCGUUUGUGAAUCAGAACGUCUCCCCUCUACAUGACCCUUUCCACCCAGAGUCUCCCACUAUCAGUACUCUAAAUUUAGCGACGGCUGAUGCGGAUACGUUUGACCAGAACUACGACCGUAUCUGUGCUGAACUGAGUCUCAUCAUAGACCCUCUCCAUCCUGACAACUUACGCAUAUCUUCCGAGGGAGCGUUGCCGCCGCAUGCCUUGCGGCCAGUGAGGUCAUCUCCUAACAGUCUAGUUUCGAUGGGUAGCAACGAUACUGAUGCAGUAGCAGACGAAACGGGCGAAAUUAUGCUUUCCUCUCGCUUCCUCGCAGACUUCGACUCUGAUCAUUUGACAUCGCCUGAAUUAUCCUCCAUUCGCUCCUGUUUCCCCACUAGCGACCUGAAAGUCGGAUCCUCGCAUCAAAGGAGACAUAGCAUAUCCAUGUCCAAUUUCGAAACGAAUAUGAGAACUUUAAAUGAUGAACAAUCCACUACUCAGCAGCAAACAAUAGGAAAUCAUAGUACAGGCAUUAACACUGGUUCAUUUUUUGUGUCAACACACGAGACUAAUUUGAGCCAAAUCAAUCGAAGACUCCGUCGUAAUGCGGACUGGACUUUCAGCGCUUCCAACUCACCAUCUUCGCUCCGAAGACCUCUUGGACAUCCCCGAAUGCUGGCGAGCGCAGACAUGGCGCCUAGAGGCGCAACAGUUAUUCGAUCCACCUCUGCUGCGACAUGUUCAAACGAAAGUCCAAGUAGCUCCGACGAGGAGUUUUAUUGGACGGAUUUAGCACGGGAGCAUCAAUGUCCGAUCUGCUUAGACAUCAUGUACUAUCCAGUGAGUUGCAAGCCAUGUCACCACAAAUUCUGCGGCUUCUGUCUUAAGACACAGGCAUGUGAGAGUGUGGCUACGACCACCAAGUGUGCAGUAUGUAGGUCUUACAUCCACCACGUAGUAGAAUUGACAGACUUGGCGGCAAAGCUAAAAGAAUGUUUCUCCAAAGCCUACCGCAAACGAUCGAAGCAGAUGCAAACACGCGGCAGUUCUACCUUUGCUACCACCACAGUUGUAGGGGGAUCCUCUGGUGGCGGACCCUCGGUUGGUGUCGGCAAUUUGGACUCGUUGCCGUUUCCAGGCUUCCACGCUGGGAAGAACUCGUACCAGAUCUGCUGCUGCAUAGCCUAUAUCCAUGCCUCCAAGCACAGGAAGAAGUACAUGGCCAUUCUACAGGCACUGCUCUACUUCGUGGUGAUCGGACUUCCCAUCUUUACUCUGAUCAUAGCCACCGUCUUCUCACAGUGACAGUCGCCUCCACAGCUGUGAAAGGAAAACAGUACAGCACGAACAACAAGAUCAGCAUCAACAGAAGCAUAAAUGGAAUGAAGUUAGACUCCAGUUUCAACCAAUCAAGGGCAGUGAAUGAGAGGGAUGGGAAUAUGGAUUGGUGUUAUUAGUUGGUGACAGUGAUGAGAGAAAAGUAAACUCAAAAUCAAAUGAUUUUUUCCACAAUCUCCCAUUUUCAUACUUAGUUUUAAGGUCAAGAUGUGGUGGCAUGAUGUCAUAGGAUUAGAUGGUAAAUUGACUAUUUGUUGAAGUGAGAUCAGAUAAUGUAUUGUAGUUUAGUUUGUUGUAGUUGUACACUUCGAGCUCAUAUUCCCUUUGCCCAAGUUUUUCUGAAAGAAUUUUCUAAGCUAAGCCCAUUAAGAAGUUCCAUAGAAAGUUAAGAACUACUCAAUUAUAUUUAU